CCCACACCACCCCCUUUUCUCUCGCACAAAAGUUUGUUUCACCCUGGAAUUUGUUUAUUGGUAAACUAAAAUGCACCAUGGCACAGAUUUGGGAAUUCAAAGUGGUGCCUGUAAAAGGUUUGUUACCUCAGCCCUUGUGCAAACACUGGAAUGUGCUGCCUGUCUCAGGUGUUACACCCGGCAUAUGGUUGGAUGUGCAGGUGGCCCAGGGAGAGCUGGAGCACAGAAUGACUUAGAGGGAUCAGGGCACUUCCAAGGCAAAUAUCAGGUAAAUAGUUCAUAUCCUUUGAUUUAACUGUCCUUGCCCCAGUAACAGGCACUUCAGUCUCAGCUCCUUUUCCCCUUGUGAUGGAAAAAGCUGGGGCUGGUGCUGCAGAGUUGGUGCCCUUUAACUGACCCUGUGGAGCUGGAGGAGCUGCCUGCCCAUAACUCCAUGGUCCAGCCCCAAUAUACCCCAGGAGUGGUCAGUGCAUCCUGGAGGGAGCAGGAUUGCCAGCACAGGCUGGGCUGGGGCUGCUCUGUGGAAAAUGAAGUCAGUGGGAUGUGGUGGUGUGGGAGGUGUUGGUGUGUCCCACACGGGCUGUGGUGCAGGGGAUUCAUUUUCACAGUAGGUACCUGACUUGGAACAGUAAAUGGCUGAUUUCUGCAGGGAUGGAAUGUUUUGCGGGGAAAUGGGAAGUUCCAGGAUGCUGCUGAAGGACGGGAUGGGGAUGAAGGGCCUCGCCAUGAGCAGCAUUAAUGCUCAACACGACGGGACAGGUUUCCAUUCCGGUUCAAAUGCCUGGGCCAGGGCAUUUGCUUUUCUGACAAUUUCAGUAAAGGUUUCUCGUGUAGUUCUGGGUUUCAGGAUGAGCCGUGAUCGGAGCAGGCAGGAAACCCUGCAAGAGCUGUAAAUGGUGCUGUGUGCAGCUGAAUGCAGCAUUCCUUGGGGAGUCAUGGGAUGGUUUCAGUUGGAAAGGACUUUUAAAGAGGAAAUCAGCAGAGUGAAACACUCCCAGCUUGGUGCCUGGUGUGGAGGGGCUGUGUUCCCCCCAGUUACAUUGUCCUGUGCCUGUAGAGGUGGAUGAACCCCUGUACAAGGCAGUUGGCUCCCAAAACCACCUGUUACACACCCCAGGAUGUGCCUUAAACCCUGCUGUGUGCCAACAUGCUCCUGGGAAAUGGGCCGGGGAGGGAGCGGGACUGGGAGCCAAAGAACGAACGGGCUCAAUGGAGAGAACCUUCCUGGUAAGGGCCAAAGCUGAAGCAAGAACCCCGACCUGGAGAUCCUGAGGUCUUUUCCUGCCCUGGAACCACCUGCCCCAGCUUCCCUCCAAGCUCCCAGAGCCGACCCCAACCCCACUCCAUCUUGUGUUGGAGCCCAAACAAACGGUCAAUAUUUUGCCGGGUUUUUGCUUUGCGCUGCGCUCGGUUUCCAGGCUAAACCCUCCCGUGAAAUGCUGAUGGGAGAGUUUUCCAGAGAACCUGGCAAGAAGCAGCGUGAACGUGCUGAUGUGAAUUUCGACGUUAAUCUUCUGUAAAUCGAGUGGCCCAUUUCCGAGGGACAGCCGGGAGAAAUCUGAAUGACGUUUCCAUAGCCCGCGCUAUUGAGAUGAAAUCUCAUGGAUGGAAUUCCGUGGACGCAGCUGCUGUAUCAGCGCUCGGAUAAUGUGCUGUUCUGUUCAGAAGCAACCCAUAAAUAGCGGGGCCGGCCGUGCCGCCGGCAGAGCGGAACCACACCGGAGAGGUACCAGCAGCACUGCUUGGACUGGAAGGGGCUUUAUAACAGAACUAGAGUGUCUGAGUCGAGGUGUCACCGAGUGAAGGGUUGGCUCGUGCGUGGCGAGAAGUGAUGCUGCAGGGUUUGAUUAAGGACAUUGAUCGAACUCUUUUAUUCAUCUUUUAACCCCUCGCCAACCCUCGCGUAGCGAGGCCGGGGAGGCGCUUUCCAACGGGUUUCCUAUUUGAGCAGGAGCUUUGUGGAUGUUCCUGGAGAGCGAGGAGGGGGCUCUCUCCACCGUCCCCCCAGCCAAGGCAGCAGCAGCAGCUCCAGCUGCUGCGUCCAGUGCCCCCUGGGAUACUGGAGCAAGGGAGAGGUGUCAGGUUUAUGUUAGUGGGAAAAGAUGUCAGCAGCUGGAAGCUGAAAUCUGGCAAAUUCCUGCUGGAAACAAAGGCCAAGCUGUGAGACAGGAGUUUAGUGACAACUGGGUGAGCUGCCCAGAGCAGAGGGAUCCGUGUCCCUUGGGAGAUAGCUCAGGUCGGUCCUGCAGAUGAACUGGGUGAGGAUGUGGGGCCCAUGUGCAGGAGGGGGAGGAGGAUGGAUCACGGAGCUUCCUCCUAGCCCAGACAUCCGUGGGGAUUUACAGCUGCUGCACUCGGGAUCUGUGUUAGCUGUUCUGCCUCUUCCUAGGCCAGCUUCAUCCUUUGUGUUUUAUGAAGGACUUCAGAGCCCGUUAACCUCCUGCAAUUUGGGUUUUCCAGGCAUAAUGACUGAGCAGCAAAGUCCCCCCGAGCAGAUGGCGACUGGGGAGGGAGCUGGCGAGCGAGGUGGCAUCUACAAGAUCACAAUCUACGAGCUGGAGAAUUUCCAGGGGAAGAAGUGUGAGCUGACAGAGGAGCUCCCCAACAUCACCGAGAAAGAGAUGGAGAAGGUGGGCUCCAUCCAGGUGGAGUCUGGCCCGUGGCUGGGCUUCGAGCGACAAGGCUACGCUGGGGAGCAGUUUGUACUGGAGAAGGGCGACUACCCACGCUGGGACUCCUGGUCCAACAGCCACCUCAGCGACAGCCUGAUGUCCCUCCGCCCCAUCCAGAUCGACAGCGCCGACCACAAGAUCCACCUCUUUGAGAAUGCAGGCUACACCGGGAGGAAGAUGGAGAUCGUGGAUGACGACGUUCCCAGCCUUUGGGCCCACGGCUUCCAGGACCGCGUGGCCAGUGUCAAGGCCCUGAAUGGAACGUGGGUGGGCUACGAGUACCCCGGGUACCGGGGCCGCCAGCACGUCUUCGAGAAGGGCGAGUACCGGCACUGGAACGAGUGGGACGCCAACCAGCCCCUCAUCCAGUCCGUGCGGCGCGUGCGGGACCAGCAGUGGCACCAGCGGGGCUCCUUCGAGAACAGCUGAGGGACCCUGUGCCCCUGCCGGGGCCGGCUCACGGGGUGCCCCGGCUGAUGCCGUGACCGUGGUGUUUUUUGUGCAAAAACCUCAAUAAAACUCUGAGCUG